GCCUGGCGCGGCUUGUGAAAAAGUAAAAAGUCUCUCACCAGCCAUAGACUGAUUGGUCUUCUUCUUCGAUCUGCUUCCUCUUCUUCUUUCUCUUUCCUCCAACACCAUCACUUUCCUUUCCAUCCGUCGACGGACAACUUCAAUUUUCUGAGCAUCGCUGGUUCUCUGCUCUUUCAUUCCCUCGGUCACACUACCACAAACACACAGACACCACCAACACCUACUACUACUACAGUACCCAUCACACCACUGCCCAUUCUUUGGCCACGCUCUAUUAUUGCAACCCACGAGACAUAGCGCUUCGGCCGCCUGCAGCAUACCAGAACAGAAAAGACGAAUAUCAGACUUUUUUUCUUUGUCCCCAACGGCAUACCAACAAGCAUAACUCAAAUUAGAGUUUACUUUUUGCGAAGCCCUCAAAAAAGACAACCUUGCCUUGCCACCCGCACGCUAGACAACCGGUCUUGCAGCCCGCUGUUGCGCCCGGUCCACCCCAAAAGUCACCCUUCAUUUUCGCUCUGACAGUAGUGCUCAGUGCCUUAACCCCAAUCCAUCCUUGCGCAAUUUCCCCUUCGACAGGCCGUUGACCGUUGCCUUUCAAAUUUUCUCUCAUUUUAUUUUCAUCUUCGAUUCGCCUUCUAGUCGAUUUUUUAUUUCUAAAACCGGCUCGAUCAACUUCGGUUUUUUUAUUCGUCGCCAACAGUCGCAUCCCAUCUGACCUGCUCUCGGCGCUUACUCUCUCACAACCCCAAGUCACCUUCCGCCUUGGGUAAAUCCCGCCAACCAGUGCACUCCCCGCCUCCCGCCCCCCAAAAUACAGGUCAGCGGGCUACCACCACCACAGGCAGACGCCAGCAAACAACCCACGGCCCUUCACUCGGUCGGACCCUUGUGCAGCUCACCAGACUCCAGUCAAUCAGCAGCCACCUAAAACAGGUCGCCGCAACGUUCACUUUGCUGCUCACAGACACCGCCAGAUCAGCGCCGAGAUAUCCUGUCCGUUCGCUAGCGCUGAAUCUUGGCUGCUACCGCUCUUAGGCCUCGCUGCACUCCUUUAGUCACACGGCACCACCUCCACAGGCCACCCUAGCUGCCUGUGCAUUCCUAUCUGCGUUGCACCCCAGGUUUUGCUGACACCGAGUCUUUUUCCGCUUUCCCAGUGUCUGUCUUCCUCCAAAACCCUGACUUGCUCUCUUCCCUUUUUUGUUUCUGGUAAGAACAGAAGUCUCUUGUAUUAAGAAAAGCAAAAGAAAAGAAAAGAGACAUUGCAUACACAGAAAAAUGUCACUCUCCAGAGCCUUUACAACUCGCCGCAUCAAGCUCGGCGGCGAUGGCGACGGCCUACCCUUCCUGCCCCGUCGCAGCAACACCACAAAGAACGGCAGCGUCGACAUGCGAAGCAAGAUUUCUGCUCCCGUUGAGCUGAUUCACACAACCAACAUGCUUUCGUAUAACGCCCCCGAUCUUCCCAACUCAGGCCGCAUCGCCUCUGGCUCUACUACUACCAGCAAGUCAGAAGACGACUCCGACUCGUUCAACACCGACUCUACACCUCCCACAAGUCCCGAUGUCGACCGCAACUGCUCUGUUUCCCCCGAGCCCAACCAUCUGACCUGCUACUUCGAGCCCUCCAACAACAUGGCCGCCAAGAUUGCCGCCCCGCCUGCUAUUCCCCAGCGCUCGCCUUCACACACCAAGAAGACAUCGUAUGAGGCACUUGCGCGCCAGGCUCAGACCAGUCGUAUGUCGAGAGAUUCGGAGAGAACUGUCUCGUCGUCGUCUCGCAGCACCGGUUUCUCUCGCUCGGCUUCAACCUCCACGCAAGCCUCGUCGUUGUCGCAGCCCGAGACGCCGCCCAGCAAGACUAUGCCUUCACUCCCUGCUUCUGUUCGACCUCCCAAGAGCCUUGCUAGAGACCAACAUCCCUUUGGCCAGGAGCUCGCCCAGGUUUCCGAGCUCGCUGAAGAGUUUGGCGGCAGUAAGCGCUCGCGUGCCGCCGAUGAUGAGGAACGAUUCCUCGAAUCCAAGGGCCUCGUCAAGUUUAGCGCCGAGGACUACAUCUCGUCGCUCCAGAGCUUGACUGCGUCAUUCUUCCCCGAGCUCACGCAUGCGCCCCAGUCUACACCUCUGUGGAUUUAAAUUGCUAUGGGGAGCAUUUUGCUCAGCUUGGCAACGGUACGAAUUUAACGGUCUUUUAAUGCAACGUUCUGCUGUACAUACUUGACGACGCCUUCCGCCAUGCCUUUUCUUUCGCCAAUGCUUGCUCAAGACAAGCAUAGCAGGGGCUGGCUAGGAGGACUCACGACAAAUUGGUUUUGAUUUUCAACAUCACGCUUUCACUACUAUUUCCUACUGUUUAUUGUCUUUUUCUUUUUCGCUUCGUGGUACUCUAUGGUUCACAGGUCCUGGUAUCGAUCGGGCAUACAGGGUUAUACGGAUUUUACAGGUUGUUUUUAUUUGGACGAGCGCACCCUCCCUUGGUCACUGCAGCAGUUUGCAGUGCGGACGAGGUAGAUUUUGAGGAGCCGUCAGGGAAGGAACCGGCGUUUGGCAGCAUCAGGGCACUCUAAAAGACGGUUCGCAUGGACAGAUGUAUACUGAUGAAAUGUAUAUGCUAUAAUGUGGACAGCGCCCAAACUUUUCUUUGUCUUUUUUCUCAUGGGUCCAGACUAGGAGCCUAUCAAUCUCAUUUCAUUUACUCUUAAUUUUUUCAUACUCUCGUCUUUCCAAGUGCAUGACCGUUCAUAGUCGGGUGGCUGGUGCAGAUGUCUCCGGUUUGAUACAUGCUCGCAAUGUCAUGACUCUUGGUGUACUCACUCUGCACGUGUAUAGUUAACGGCUGCCUCUGGCUAUCACUGUCUCAUGUACCAUGCUUGACUCUGACCGUUGCCCUUUUUGUCAGAGCGUUCGUCAGCAACGUCAGCGACUACAUUCCAGUGUUCGCCCUUGGCAACCAGGAUAUGUCUCAGCCAGGUUUUUACCGAGGAUCCAGCUUGAUCCAUUUUCCAUCGUUAAAUUUAGUGACUUUAUAUGUAGCAGUGUAGAGGCUGAAGCCGGCGAUGGUUUGAGAUGACUCUGAUG